ACGUCACUUUCCACGUUAUAGCUUCAUUUCAUUUUUUGACUGCGUUUCUUCGGGCAGCGGUCAUCACCGUUCGGUCACCCUCUCCCUCUCUCUCUCUAUAAUACUCUCUCUCUCUCUCUCUCUCUCUCUCUCUCUCUGCACGCACGCCUCCAUCAAAAAAGAUAAACCAUUUACACUCUCACCACCUCAAACAGCAACAGAAAAAGAAAGCAUUUCAUUUCAUUUCUCUGUGUAUGUAUAGAGUAUAGUAUAGUGUAGCUAUUCAGAAACCUAUAGCUAUACUCAAACGGAGGAGGAGGAAGCAUUUUUCAUUUUUUUAAUUAUUUUUAUUAUAUAAUUAUUAUUAUUUUAGUACUUUUCUUUGGGUAUAUGAUUUGAGACAGUGGAAAAAAUGCUGUGAUACUUUUUGGGUUUUUUAUUUUUAAUAAAAAGUUUUAAUUUUUAUUCGGUUUAUGUAUCUGGGUCAGUUCAAAAAAGGUAUUUUUUGACGAGAUCGGGUUCUGGGUAUAGUGUGGUGGGUUCAAAUGUUGAAGAUUUGAGGUGGUGUUUGCGCAUGUGAGAGAUUUGGGGGUUAGGGUUCUACUUAAUUAUUAUUAUUAAAUGGAGAGAAAGUUCUGUGCUUUCGUUUUCAUUUGGGGUUUUUUGUUGUUGUUGCUUCAUCCACUAUGGUUGGUUUCUGCUAACAUGGAAGGUGAUGCUUUACAUAAUUUGAGGACAAAUUUGCAAGAUCCUAACAAUGUUUUGCAGAGUUGGGAUCCUACACUUGUUAAUCCUUGUACAUGGUUUCAUGUAACCUGCAACAAUGAUAAUAGUGUCAUUAGAGUUGAUCUGGGAAAUGCUGCUUUGUCUGGUACACUAGUUCCACAGCUUGGUCAACUCAAAAAUUUGCAGUAUCUGGAACUUUACAGCAAUAACAUCACUGGUCCUAUUCCAAGUGACUUGGGGAAUCUUACUAACUUGGUGAGCUUGGAUCUGUACUUAAAUCGGUUCACUGGCCCUAUCCCGGCUUCAUUGGGCAAGUUGUCAAAAUUGCGAUUCCUCCGGCUGAAUAACAACAGCUUGAUGGGCCCUAUUCCGAUGUCACUGACUAAUAUUACAGCUCUCCAAGUUCUGGAUUUGUCUAAUAACCAGCUCUCAGGUGUGGUUCCCGAUAAUGGCUCCUUCUCGUUAUUCACUCCGAUCAGUUUUGCAAACAACUUGAAUCUAUGUGGACCAGUCACUGGGCACCCUUGUCCAGGCUCUCCUCCAUUUUCUCCGCCUCCCCCUUUUGUCCCCCCACCACCAAUCUCUGCCCCAGGAAGUGGCAGUGCAACUGGAGCAAUAGCUGGAGGAGUUGCUGGCGGUGCUGCUCUAUUAUUUGCUGCACCUGCAAUUGCAUUUGCAUGGUGGCGUCGAAGGAAACCACAAGAAUUUUUCUUUGAUGUUCCUGCUGAAGAGGAUCCCGAAGUUCAUCUUGGGCAGCUUAAGAGAUUCUCACUAAGAGAGUUGCAAGUUGCAACAGAUACUUUCAGCAAUAAGAACAUUCUUGGAAGAGGAGGGUUUGGUAAGGUGUACAAAGGACGAUUGGCAGACGGUUCACUGGUUGCCGUCAAAAGAUUGAAAGAGGAGCGGACACCGGGUGGGGAGCUUCAGUUUCAGACCGAAGUUGAGAUGAUCAGCAUGGCUGUUCAUAGAAAUCUCCUUCGUUUACGUGGUUUCUGUAUGACUCCAACAGAAAGGUUGCUUGUUUAUCCGUACAUGGCUAAUGGAAGUGUUGCCUCCUGUUUAAGAGAGCGUCCUCCACAUCAGGAACCACUAGAUUGGCCAACAAGGAAAAGAAUAGCUUUAGGAUCAGCAAGGGGUCUUUCAUAUUUGCAUGAUCAUUGUGACCCAAAGAUUAUUCAUCGUGACGUGAAAGCUGCUAACAUAUUGUUGGAUGAAGAGUUUGAGGCUGUUGUUGGGGAUUUUGGAUUAGCAAAACUUAUGGAUUACAAGGACACUCAUGUGACAACUGCUGUUCGGGGUACAAUCGGGCAUAUAGCUCCCGAGUACCUAUCUACCGGAAAAUCUUCAGAGAAAACUGAUGUUUUUGGUUAUGGUAUCAUGCUUCUUGAGCUUAUCACUGGACAAAGAGCUUUCGACCUUGCUCGGCUUGCCAAUGAUGAUGAUGUUAUGCUGCUUGAUUGGGUAAAAGGACUUCUGAAAGAGAAAAAGCUUGAAAUGUUGGUUGAUCCUGAUCUUCAAACCAACUACAUAGAAGCCGAGGUAGAACAGUUAAUCCAGGUUGCACUACUCUGCACACAAGGUUCACCUAUGGACCGGCCAAAGAUGUCGGAAGUGGUAAGAAUGCUUGAAGGCGACGGUUUGGCAGAAAGAUGGGAUGAGUGGCAAAAAGGGGAAGUUCUACGCCAGGAAGUUGAACUCGCCCCUCAUCCUAAUUCCGAUUGGAUUCUUGACUCUACUGAAAAUCUACAUGCAGUUGAAUUAUCUGGUCCAAGGUGACCUAGUCACAGUAGUAAUGAAAAGAAAAAUGAGUGCAAUUAUUUGUGACAAUUUUUAACUAAAAAAGUUUUCUCACUUUUUUUUCUUUUCUUUUUUUUUUGGUUCCUUCAAGUACCAUAUCCUAAUCAAAGCUCUUGUAUGUCAACUGCAUUAUAAUUAUAUUAUAUUCAUUUACAUUUGUGCAUA